AAAAAAAGGAAAAGAAAUAGAGUUUAUUUUUGAAAAGCUUAAGUUUACGUAAAGAAGUCAGCUAUUUAUAAAACUCAGUGCCAAAAUAUCGAUAUUUGAGGAUGCGAGGUCAGGUAGCCGAUGAAAGGAAAAUGGAAAUGGACUCGUCCAAGAUGACAGGACGGUUUGUUGACAAAGUGAAUUUAUAAUGAAUUCGUCAGUCUAGUUCUGAAAAAGAUUGGUGGUUUUUUUUUCAAAAGUAUGAUAUUUCAUAGUCCGCGUGAUAUUCAUAUUGAGAAAAAAACGAGAUUUCUUCUGAUCUGAAGGGUAGAAAUCUUAUUCUAGUCUAAAGGUGCUCCGAUUCGUGAUUAAGGAAUGUAAAUAGAAAUCAUAUGAUCUGUCAAGGACUAUUAAAUACCUAAUUAUAAGUUCGUCUGCAAGUCGAUUGUUAUCAAAUUCUGAAAAAUCUUGUGUUAUCUUUGCCGUUUCAACAUGGAACAAAAGGUCAACUAAUUUAUUGUUGACCUUGUUUAUCGAAUGAUGUCGGAAAUGGCAGCAGGCAUCAAUUGUGGCGGUUUUGUGUUUUACAACGAUUUUGACUCUGCAAACUUGGCGAGAGUUGAGGAAGUUGGUGUCAUCGAAAGGACUAGUUAUGAAUCGCGUGAAACGGACGUUAAGUCCUGCAAAAAUGGCGUCAGCGACGAAACCCUCGACUAUGAAUUUAAUUUAUGGACGAAACAUGAUUGCCAUGAUACAGAGUACGAAAAUGGCAACAGAACAUGGUUUUACUUUGGAGUCAAAGCCGGAGCACCAGAAGCUUAUGUCAAACUCAAUGUGAUUAAUCUUAAUAAACAAAUGAAAAUGUUUAGUCAAGGAAUGUGCCCGGUUUAUAAAAUUAUACCAGGACAUCCGCAAUGGGACAGGAUCCGUGAUAAGCCGAUCUACGCAGUAAUUUUUGUGAGUGCACGUGUCCAUCCUGGUGAAACGCCAUCUAGUUUUGUUCUGAAUGGUUUUCUGAGUCUUUUACUCAAUCGAGACGACCCGAUAGCUGUUAAUCUGCGCCGGCUUUAUGUGUUCAAAUUGAUUCCAAUGCUGAACCCGGAUGGAGUGGCCAAAGGACAUUAUCGGAUGGACACCAGGGGUGUCAAUCUUAACAGGGUGUAUUUAAAUCCUUCAGAAAAAGACCAUCCGACGAUAUUCGCUGCAAGAACUUUAAUUUGGUAUUAUCACAAUUCCUACAAUCUGCCGGAAGAGACUGAUUUUAAAACAGAACUAUCAAAUGAAAAUGUGGACGAGAAUAGGGAGAACAUCAGCAUAAUUACGAAUUCUGGAACUGUAACUAAGGCGGUUCGAGACACAACGAAUCGUCUCCUCGAACAGGUAACUCUGAUGUCCCUGGACGAAAAAAGUAAAAGUGAUUUAACCAAUGACAAAUGCUACAAAGAAACGACAAAAGAAAAUGUUUUGCGUGACGAUGGUCAAGAAGCUUUGGAAGAAAAGCAAAGACCGCAAACUGCAGAUGGUAAAAAAAAUUAUUCAGUUCUUGGAGUGGGCAAAACGCCUAGGGAUCAAGAUGAUUCGGGAAUAUUUCUCUAUGUUGAUAUGCAUGGUCACGCAUCAAAAAAAGGCAUUUUUAUGUAUGGGAAUUAUUUUGAUGAUUCAGAGGAUUCGAUGACUUGUAUGCUGCUGCCAAAAUUGAUGUCCAUCAAUAAUCCUAAUUUUCACUUUACCUCGUGCAAUUUUGCGGAAAGGAAUAUGUAUUUGAUUAAUCUGUACAAUAUUAUCACAGUCGAGCCUCUCAAUAGGGCGCCUCUCGGGGCUGUAGGGGAAAUUUUUCUCGGAAGCACGCUGCCCCCUCCAAUGUCCUCCGCACCUCAAGAUUUUUACAUGCUCUGCCUCUCAAUAAGGCGCUUUUCGCUACAUAUAAUAUAUGUGGUUGGAGCGGCACUGGGACCCUCGAUUUUAGAUCUAACAAACAACAAUCCCAACAGUCGACUACCAAACAGCCAAUUUCGUUCUCUGAGAGGUGUAAAGUCCCAUUUAAAGUUAUUGUAUGCCAACAAUUGUACCGCACCAUUGAAAAAGCCGCUCCACAAGGAUAACAGUGGAUUAGGUGGAGCAAGUAUAAGAGAAUGUUCACAAGAGAAUAUUCCAGCAAGAAAAGCAGAAAAAUUUGAAAUAAAAUCCAAUUCUGCUUCGCUGGAGAUUGCAACUGGUUCACAAUCAGCAAAAAGCGAAACUAGUAUCGUAAAAAAGCCAUGUAUGGUUAGAAGAACAACCUCUUUGUAUACAGCGAUUAAAAAAAUCAAGAGCAACAAAAAACCGAGACAAAUUAUGAAUCGCAAACAACCAAAAUCUCAGAUUUCAUGCAGUCAAAAACCUGCUGUUCAAAGUAGUUCUUUGCUUUCUAAAAUUCAAUAUAAGACUCAAUUGAGAGUUAAAAAGAAAUUUUCAAAGACUGCUGAGUUUCGUCCUACGGUGGAAGCCAAUUGUUUGGAAGAAAAAUGUACUGCAGUUAAAACAAAGAGACGAAAGCCAAUUAUUAAAAAUACGACUUCAAGUAUGAUUCAAAAACAAAAUGUGAGUGUGGAAAUAACAGCGGUUGUGAAACAAGGUACGAAAAGAUUGAAAGUCGUCUCUCCAAAGUUGAUAAGAACUCGUCCUGAAAUUGGAGAAUCGCCAAAUGCGAAUAUUUCGGAUAAAAAGACUAAAGCAUUGUCAAAAACGCUUUAUUUGUGCAGUAAACAAAAAGCGAAAGGGGCUUUCACAAAAAAUAGAAAACAAUGCCUCAAAGUAGAGCAGACGAAGUCCAAAAAGUCUUCCAAAUUGAAAGUUAAAAUUAGGAAUAAGACUGAAGCUAAUGAGUCGUCUAGUACUCAAAUUUCCAGCGAUACUACCAAUUGACUUUGCAGGGUUUUAAUUUUAAUAGUUAUUUCUGUCGUCGAACAAAUUAUUUAGCAUUGUAGAAAAUGUUUAGCUUUAAAGCAACGGCUUAUAAAAUAAAGUAGGAAAAGGAUUGACUCGAAAUUUGUUAGCUAUGUUAUGAAAAUAUUUAUUGAAAAGAAACAAAAAAUAUUGAAAUUGGUUAUUGCAGACUGCUGUAGAAGAUAUAAUAAUUUAAUAUUGUUUUGAUAAUAUUUUUUAUUGAUGGGGUCAAUAUUCAGUUAUGUAAUAAUAUAUUUGAAGCUAUUUGAGGGAAGUUUUUCAGGUUCGUAUUAAAAGAAAUUCUUUACUGUAAAAUUAUUUGUUUUAAGUUUGUA